AUGCGUUGUUGCGUGCAUGUUUUGAGUUCGAUUGUAAAAGAAGUUUUAAAAGAGAAUGAUGAUUCCGUCACAAGAAUACGUGCUACAGUCAAGUAUGUAAAAGGAUCUUAUGAAAGAAUGCACAACUUCAAGAAAAUUGUUGAAAGGGCAAAUAUUACUUAUAAAGGCAUUGUAUGUCUAGAUGUAGAAACCAGAUGGAAUUCUACAUAUUUGAUGUUACAAGCAGCUCUCAAGUAUAAAACAACUUUUGAAUUGUUAAAAGCUUCUGAUGCUAAGUAUGUUAAAGAAUUAUCUCUUAAUGGAGGCAAAGGUGUACCUAUUGAAGGGAAUUGGAACUAUGCUAGUACAGUGAUGCCAUUUCUGAAGAUAUUUUAUGAUGCAACCAUGCGUAUUUCUGGCUCUUUGUAUGUUACUAGUAACAUCUAUAUGAAGGAGGUAUUUGCCCUUGGAAGGAAGAUCCGAAGAUAUUGUGAGGAUGAUAAUGAGAGCAUAGCAUCAACGACAGUUAACAUGAAGAGUAAAUAUGACAAGUAUUGGUGCAGUUCUAAUGGAGUAAACAUGAUUUUGUUGAUUGCAGUAGUUCUAGACCUUAGGAGCAAAUUGGGUUAUGCAAAUCACUACCUUGGGUAUUUUUCUGAAGAAGCAACGGCUGAUGUAUUAAAGGCAACACUGUCGUCUUCUUUGAAAUCAAUUUAUCGAGAAUAUCAAGGCGUCAGGGAAGGAUCUCAAGAUAUGGGAGAAUCUCAGCCAGAGGAAGAUGAUGAUGAUAUUCAUGGGAUGGGCUUCUAUGUAAAAGCAAUUGGGCGUAAAACUGAUACUAAGUCUGAGCUUGAUAAAUACCUCACUGAAGACUGUGAACCUCAUAGUAAGUUUGUUGAGUUUGACAUUCUAAAUUGGUGGAAAGUCAACUCAUCAAGAUAUCCCGUCCUGGCAAGUAUUUCUCGCGAGGUGUUGGCCAUUCCAGUGUCUACUGUAGCAUCAAAGUCUGCUUUUAGUGCUGGAGGAAGGGUAUUGGAUCCUCAUCGUAGUAAUCUCACACCUAAGAUAGUGGAAGUGCUUGUUUGCACUCAGGAUUGGUUGAGAGGAUCUCCUUUCUCAAACUUAUUUGACGAGGACCUUGAAGAGUUAGAAACAUUUGAGCAAGGUAAAAACCUCAAAUUUUCCAAACUUAUUUGA